GGUACCAGGCGAUAUGCGUCUUCCUAAAACUUAGUGUUUUGUCACCAAUGUCCCGGUCAGUCAGGAGCUUAAUAAAAUAGUCGUUCACAGAAAUGUCUCUUGAGCAAACUGAAGACCUGAAAGCAUUUGAGAGAAGAUUAACGGAAGUUAUUGACAAACUUCAGCCUGCUGCAAGAUUUUGGAGAAUUAUUUUGAUAUUCAUCUCAAUAUGCACAGCUGUUGGAGCAUGGACGUGGAUAUGGGACCCUGAUACAUCAAAGGUUCCAUUUACUCAGUCGUUGUUUAAUCAUCCAUUUUUCACGUUGACAUGUUUGUCACUUGUCAUGCUUUUUUUGUGCGGAAUACACAAAAGAGUUGUUGCCCCAUCAAUUAUUGCAUCUAGAUGUCGACAGGUUCUCUCAGAUUACAACAUGUCAUGUGAUGAUACCGGCAAAUUGAUUUUGAAGCCAAGGCCAACGACCUAGCUUGUUUGCUCCACAAAGAAAAACUUGUACAUAUUUUCGUUGUUAUUAGGACUUAAAAGCUAUGAAUGUUCCACGCAUCUAUAUAAUCCGUGUGUAUUGAUAAAUUGACUAAUAGCUCAUUUUGUAAUGUGCAAUUAAGUAGUCAAAUAUGCCAGCUUCAUCAUUUAGAUUUGACUGAGCAAUACCCGAAUCAAAUCUCGACAGUCGUACUUUAUAAAUAUGAAUUGUGACCUAUAAAAGUCCAUGGUUAUGUAUUAUUUAUGAUUAUACAUUGGAUGUUCAUUGUUCUCCUUGUUUAAUUAUUGGUAUGAAAUUUAUUUAUUUUAGUCCAUGUACCGGACUGUACAGCAUCAAAAUGAAUUGCAUUAAAUAUUUGAAACUAACAUAAAUGAAAUCAUCCGAUCAGCAUGAAUUUGAAUCGUGAUUGCAUCUGGUUAUUGUCAACCAAUCGGAGGUUACCGAAUGGAUUGAAUUUCUAAUACUAUGAUAUUUUCCAAUGUUUUGUUGAUAUAACAUGUACACUUAUGUACGGUUACCGAACCGAUUUGGCUGACAUAAAUAUACAAUGUUACGCUUUAAAUAACUGAUAAAUAAUUAACGUGCUGGCUAUAUGUUGUUAUGUAAGAUGCAUAUUCCCUUACUUAUACGCAUUUAAACCUGACGUUUAAAGGCUUUUUGAACGCAGUGAGUGAUGCAGUGUUUUAACUGUGAUGCAAUACCUCCUUCGACUUAAUCCUGUGGUGUAACUUUCUGAGAAGUGAAAUGCAUAAUGUGCGAAUAAUGUCAGCAUAUUUAACUUAUACCAUAUUUGAUCUUGUCACGUUUGUAUACUCUCAGAUUAAUAAAUGUUUAUUUUUUAAAAAGUA